AUGGCCCUAAUGAAGUGGCUGUCACCCCCCUCCCGCACCCCCGCGCCCCCUCCCACACCCCCGCGCCCCCUCCUGCACCCCCGCGCCCCCUCCUGCACCCCCGCGCCCCCUCCCGCAGCCCCGCGCCCCCUCCCGCACCCCCGCGCCCCCUCCCGCAACCCCCUCAUCCCCUCCCGCAGCCCCGCACCCCCGCGCCCCCUCCCGCACCCCCCUCAUCCCCUCCCGCAGCCCCGCACCCCCCUCAUCCCCUCCCGCAGCCCCGCGCCCCCUCCCGCACCCCCGCGCCCCCUCCCGCAACCCCCUCAUCCCCUCCCGCAGCCCCGCACCCCCGCGCCCCCUCCCGCACCCCCGCGCCCCCUCCCGCACCCCCGCGCCCCCUCCCGCAACCCCCUCAUCCCCUCCCGCAGCCCCGCACCCCCGCGCCCCCUCCCGCACCCCCGCGCCCCCUCCCGCACCCCCGCGCCCCCUCCCGCAACCCCCUCAUCCCCUCCCGCAGCCCCGCACCCCCGCGCCCCCUCCCGCACCCCCGCGCCCCCUCCCGCACCCCCCUCAUCCCCUCCCGCAGCCCCGCACCCCCGCGCCCCCUCCCGCACCCCAGCGGGAUGCGAGGCGCUGUUCCCCGUCUCCCAGGCGAGCCGCGUCCCCACGCCGCGGCGAGCGCAUGCUAACGCUAACGCGGGCGCAUGCUAA